AUGUCGAAUCGUUACUCGAAGCCAGGUUCGUUGGGCUUGCAUGCCGCUUUCUCAAUCGAUUCGUGGCGCCAUUCUGUUCCAAGCCGAUUGGAGCGUCCUGAUCCCUUUGGUGACGAUGGCUUUGGCACACGACCUUCGACAAGACUAACAUUUCGCGAACCCGACACUGCUGCUCGUUCGCUUGCAACAUCCACUACGCGAAUUGGGUUUCUCAAGUCUGUAACCUCAAUAUUCCGAAGAAACAAACGCGAAAAGACUAUUGUUGAGCCAGCCAGUUCAUCCCAUACGAUGCAAGACUCAGUUAUGCAGGAUGAGAGAGGCUUGAGCUUCAUGGAACGGUUGGUUCGCAAGCGUAAAUCGCGGUCCCCGUCUCCAGAACCCAUGCUUCUCUGGGACUCACCACUUCAUUUAAACUUUUUAUUUGUCGGCGGUAAAGGAUGUGGCCAGACGUCGUUGCUAUAUCGCGCCAGAUAUGGCUAUUUUCCAAAUGCGACUGUUGUUUCUAGAUCGUGCUAUGAAACGUAUAUUUGCAAUCGAACAUACAACUCUCAACAAGUGUGUCUGGAGCUGUAG